AUGUCGGACAAUAACGAGUUUCUCAGAGGUAUUCUCGAUACCAACAAGGUGAAAGAAGACUCACUAAACCAAUCUCACCUACGACUAGUUCGAUGACGCUGACAAGUUCGGCGACUUGGCGGUCUAACAGGCCUACGCUCACAAGUUCGCUCAAUCCGACCCGGGUUUGCUCAAGCAGCUCGCAAAGGGCCAGUCCCCCAAGGUUUUGUGGUUGGGUUGCUCCGACAGUCGUGUCAGUGCAGAGUUGUGAGUUGGGAGCUUUCAUCUCCAUCGGAUCGUCUCGCCUUUCGAGGCCAACCACUCACUCGAGCCGGGAUUCGCCCGAUAAUCUUCGCCCGGUUGAAUUCGAUUGGGGAUGCCCGAAGCGAUCUAGCGCGAAGCUGAUGCCUCUGAUUUCUUCCCGGGCUGGAUAAUCGCCGCAUCGAUCGCAGGAGCACGGGUGUUUUACCCGGAUCCAUUUUUGUUCAUGUGAGUACAUGGGUACAUGCAAUAAGUUUAAUACGUUCUUGCACGGCAUCCUGAUCUCUGGCUUUCACAAAUUCUGCAUGUCUUCAGCGCAACGUCGCCAAUCGCUUCGAUGAGAAUGACCCUUCGGCCAUGUCGGCCUUCCUCUUCGCCAUUAACGUCCUCAAGAUCCAAGCCAUUAUCGUUUGCGGUCAGUCUCAUGGAUAAACUCGAAGCUUGGAGUCAUAGAUCAAAAAUUGAUGACGACAUUUUGUUUUGUUUUUGGGAUGCCUAUGUCCAAAAUAGGCCACACGGGAUGCGGUGGUGUCAAGGCCGCUCUGGCCGGUGCUGUCGCCGAUAAAGCGGCAGGCAAGGAGAUCGAGCCCAGCAAUCGUACAGAAGAGGUUGUUGGAAGAUGGAUCGCUCCUGUGAGUAGCCAUCACUCCUGAUCGCCUUUGCCGAGCUCGCUUUCGCUGAACGUACCUUUUCGUGCCCUCAGAUCAAAUCGCUCGCGACAGAACAUAUCCAGGAAUCGCGUGUCGCGUCCGCUGAGGAUGAGGCCCUCGUCUCCAAAUUGACGGACCAACAUGUCGCCAACACGGUCAAGGCGAUCGCCGAGAGCCAGUUGAUGAAGGACGUCUGGGCCGAAGGCAGGAAGAUCAGCGUUCAUGGUUGGGUGUACCAUGUCGUAAGUUUGUGGAAGGGCUAUGUUCUUUUGCGCGUAAGAUCAGAACAGACUGACAACGGGGUUGCUCUAUGGUUUGUAGGGAACGGCCAAGUUGAGGGAUCUCGAUGUCGGGUACAGCGGAAGUGAGUCCAGCGCGAGGUGCUUGGCCCCUGCCGGGAGGAACUUGAUCCUGAUACUGUCAUACGCGCUAUAGUCAACCAGCGUGCACCGUCUCUCUCGGGUCCCAAGAGGACCUACGAGGAGUGCGAGCAAUUCGAUCAGGUCUAA